UCCCCUCUUUCUCCUCUCCUCCUCUCCUUUAUUUCCUUUUAAUCAUCCUCUCCUCUCCUCGGUGGGCGGGGCUUUGGUCCAGGUUCAGCCCACAGGGGGGAGUGGUCUGGUGAUGAAGCCGAGUUCGGAGUGCUGUUUACCGGUCAGCCUCUCAGCUGUGUCUCGCUGGUAUUUCUUCUUCUCCCUCCCUCACCGUUACUGCCAGCAGGGGCCUGCCGCCGCUCUCUCCGGUAAAAGAUGGAGCUCCUACCCGCUCUGCUCUUCCUCUCUGCCGCCUGUCUGCAGUCGGUGUCCGGUGCGACACGGACAGGACCGAAAGUCACCGAGAAGGUGUUUUUUGACAUCACAGUGGCGGGUCACGAGGUGGGGCGUAUCGUCAUCGGCCUUUUUGGGGAGGUCGUCCCAAUCACUGUCAAUAACUUUGUCGCCCUGGCAACCGGAGAGAAAGGUUACGGCUACAAAGGGACAAAGUUCCACAGAGUCAUCAAGGACUUCAUGAUCCAGGGAGGAGACUUCACAUCUGGAGAUGGAACUGGAGGUCACAGCAUCUAUGGAACAACUUUUGCAGAUGAAAACUUCAAACUGAAGCAUUUAGGAGCCGGCUGGGUGAGUAUGGCGAACGCCGGUCCGGACACCAACGGGUCGCAGUUCUUCAUCCUGGCUACCAAAGCGCCGUGGCUGGACGGGAAACACGUGGUUUUUGGCAAAGUCCUGGACGGGAUGUCUGUGGUUCACACCAUCGAGCUCCAGGACACCAACGACAGGAACCUGCCAUACACCGAGUGUGUGAUCAUCAACAGUGGCAGGAUCCCCGUCAAAGAGCCCUUCGUAGUGGAGGUGGAGGGCUGGUAAAUGCCACUAUUUACACUAAGACAUCACGUGAUUAUUAUAUACUGGUGAUCAAUCAGGAGUCCAGUUUGCAGUUUUGCCAAAUUCACAUUUCAUAUAAUUACUUUUGCAUGUGAACAUGCUAACUCUAAGACGCUAGCAUGUAGGGCUGGGUAUUGUUUGAUUUUUUUGACACCAGGGCUGAUACCAUACCUAAGUUUCAGUAUUGAUACCAAAACGAUUCAUUUUUCAACACUUUAAGGAAUAUAAACAUGUUUUUUCUUUUUUUCUAUUCAACAAAACACAAAACUUCAGUGUUUAAUUUUGUCCUAACACAAAGCACCUGUGCAAGGACUUUUCCCUGAAUAAAAUACAGACAGAAAUGAUCAGAAAUGAUGAUUUAAAUUAGAAAAUAUUUGAUCAAAGAGUAAACAAGACUAAGAUUCUGACCAAGGAUUAAAUUCCAGCUUUCAAUACUCAGUGGUACGGACGCAUUUCGGUUGGUACCAAAAACGUAUUGAGGUUCAAUACCCAGCACUAUUAGCAAGCUAACAUGAACAUGAAGCAUUGCAUCCAUGUUUACAUGCUUACUGUUACAUGUUACAUAGGCUAAAUAUUACGUGCUAAACGUUAGCAUGUUAAAAUCUAGUUGUAACAUGCUAACAAUAGGCUUGCUAAUGGCGCCAUGCUAACAAACACUUAACUUUCUUUCGAAAAAAAGUCAGCAAAAGUGCUUUAACCUGGUAAAGGUGAACGGGACUUCUGAUCGAUGUUCGCAGAGAUAAUAUAAGUAACAGAUAUUUUCAUUAAGUUAUUAACAGAACAUAUCACACAGUGAUGUCUGACAAGUGUUUGUGAAGGGAGGGAAGAUAUUUUUAUCAGCUUUCUGACAACAGGGAGUACAGGUCAAAGAAAAAUUAAUCUGUGGUAAAUGAAAGACAUCCACUUGUUAAACCUACAACUCAGAUUAGUAGACACAAAGUUAAAUUCAUCAUAGAUAGUAAAGGAAUACACAAACAUGCACAAGCAUGUGAUACUAUUCUCUAUGCUCAGCAGAAAACCUCAUAUCUCCAAAAUGGCCACUUUUUCAGGAUUAGUAAAUCAGAUUAAUUUUUGUCAAUGAAGCAACUUUAUGAUCCCCAGAUUUUUGGCAUAGUGGCCUUUUUGACCAAAUGGUUUUGAAAGGAUUCGUGAUUUUAGGGAGAUCAACUAUAACGUCAUUUAUAAAAACAUAUCACUGAAUGAAACAAUACACUUACAAUUACAAUUACAGCGUUUAUUUUAUGUGCUGCAAGGUGGAUCGUUUGCAUUUACGUGCCCUUUAUUUGUGACGUACUCCAUGUAAAAUGACCUCUGGAAUACAAAUACCGAAACCUGGAGAUAUGAGGUUUUCAGCCAUUAGUGACACAUUGUAUGCAGAGGGGAGUGGUGUCAGUUUGACGUCGGUGUGUUCAGUAUUUAUCAGGUUCACUGUGGUUCAUGCUAACGGUUUUAUCCGUUAGCAUACUUGCAUUCUUAGUGGAUGGUGCCAGUUAGCAUCAGCCCUAAAACUCUGUAUCAAACUAAAUAAUGAACUGUGACUCAAACAUGACAAAUAUCAUGGAAACUUGCACUACAAUAAUGUAUGUAGCUCAUUAAUCUCUUAUUGCCAAAUAAUUCUUUAUUUGCCAAAUUAGCUUGUACUUUCUAUGCAUCGAAUCAAUACUUAAAUAUCUUCAUUUCGUUUCUGUUAACAGACAUAUGCAAAAAACUUACAAACUCUGUAGCAAGUGUCAAAUGCCAUUCUAGCACCUUAUUAUUUAGGAUUUUCAUCGUUCCAUCAUUGAAAAUGAAGAUUUCCUUGUUCAUGUUUUGAUUAAAUGGAGAUACAGUAUCUUUUCCUCUUGAUGCAUUAUGCACCAUAUCAUGUUUGCAAAAACUACAGCACAAAUUGCACAGGAGGAAAUGUUCAAAAAGUGUGGAAGUGGGUAUUAAUGCUGUACUAAUACUGUUGCUGUCCUCUCAAUAAUGAUCUUAAAUGUUGUACUUUGUGUCAGAGGUGUGUUGUAGCUGACUGACACCAGGUCUGACUGUUUUAUCUUUUGUCAUUUUUCUUUUGUGAUGUAUGUUAUUAACCCGAAACUGUCAUGGUAGCAUUAUAAUGUAGAAAAGUUAUGACUGAUAUUCCUCAUGUCACUGAAGUUAAUGCAGCUUUUAAAACCUCUUUAACAAACAUAUCAGCAGUUCUGUUUUCAUUAUUUAUAAUAACAGCAGAAGAAGAGUGCCAACAGCUGUAUUUUCUACAAUAAACAAUAUGCUGUUGCAGAACAA